AAUAAAUCCACAUCUCGUUAAUCAGUACAAUUUUAGUUCCUUUGAUGACGCGAUCAAUGCAGUGAAGAGGGGAGAAAUGUGGGGUGUAUUGAAUAUUCCGGAAAAAUUUAGUCUUAGUCUUCAAAGAAGAAUGAUAUUAGGAGAGGAUGUGGACAACACAACCAUCGAAGGAAGUACUAUAAGAAUAUAUCCCGACCUAACGAAUCAGCAAAUCUCUUAUACAAUGGAGCGGACAUUUAGGGAAGCGUUUCAAGCGUUUGCAAAGGACACUCUCAACAUAUUGGGACGUAAUCCAGCCUUAGCUGAAUUGCCUAUUACUUUAGGAACUCCUGUCUAUGGAGAGGCCGACCAACAGGGAUAUCUGGAAUAUAUGGCACCGGGAGUUGUGGUUAGCAUUUGUUAUAUUAUGGCCACCGGAUUGACUGCUUUGGCUUUCAUUAUUGAACGAAGAGAUGGUCUGUUUGAGAGGAGUCUAGUGGCGGGUGUGGACACACUUCAGAUUCUUGUGGCCCACGCUGUGGUCCAGAUCUUUGUGAUGGUUAUACAAAUAAUAUUGGUUCUUGUCUUCACAUUCCUUGUGUUUGACAUUCCAAGUCGGGGGCCAUUCGUUUGGGUCGUUAGCUUAUUGCUUCUUCAGGGCACUACUGGAAUGGCAUUUGGUUUGGUGGUGUCAGCCCUUUGCCAACAGGAGAACACAGCAGUUAUGAUGAUUUUGGGAACAUUUUACCCGAAUCUCAUUUUAAGCGGCAUAAUAUGGCCGUUGGAAGCGAUGCCAUAUUGGAUCCGAUGGUUCAGUUAUAUUCAACCGCAAACAUUGCCAACGGAGUCAUUGCGAAACGUACUCUCGAGGGGAUGGAGUUUAGAGGAUUCUGAAGAGAAUAUU